GGACCGAGGUACAGGACACACCGGUCGGACCGUCGUCCACGAUCUCGCUGCUGUGCGAGUCCACCUACCACUUCCAGUGUCUCACGUCCGGGUACUGCAUCUCGGAGCGGUUGCGCUGCGACGGCGUCAAGAACUGCGGCCCGCUGGACAAUAGCGAUGAAAUGCACUGCAUCAUCAUAGUGCCCGAGGAGGAUCACGGCGCCUUAAUAAUAUCCUGCAUAGCCGCCGCCUCGUUCCUAACCUGUCUCCUCUGCACUCUCUGUCAUCGAAAAAGAAAACGCAGACAUCACAGACAGCUGGGGCUGCAUAGGAACGCCGCCCACUACGACUCGACGACCAGUGCAACCGGUAUAAGCCUUGGAUCGAGCCGUCGCCAUCUGCAGGGCGGUGGCAGCCUGUCCGGCAGCCUGCACGGCAUCAACAACGGGGAGCCGAUGCACAUACCGCCGGCACCCCUGCCGCCGGUCAGCGUGCCGCCGCACGUCUGCAUCAACGACACGCUGAUCGACACGGACGACCUGAACGACGACCUGUUCAUGAGCAACUGCGAGCGCUUCUCGAGCGGCGACAGCGUAUAGCAAUGAGUGCCAUCAACGGGCCCGGUGCGGCCGGGCUCGCGGGCAAUGAUGCUGGCGGCGGGCGACACCGCCCGCAAGCCCGUACCGCGCCACUGCCGGUGCGCGUGCAGCUUCUGCCAGCACUUCCUGGAGGCGCAAAACUGCUGCUCGCUCUACUACCACUACCCGUGCGACUCCUGCUAUCUGCUGCUGACGCUGCUGUGCGUGCCGGGACGGGUCGAGAUGCAGCACAGCCCGGUGUACGGGCCCGCCGUCGGUGGCCGGUAGAGCUCUGGGGCGUAGGCGACAACAACAACAACGACGACGGAGAGGCGACGGGGGCAUGCAGUAACAGUAGAUAAAUAAAAUAUUUUAAAUUGCGAACGGACGGGCAGGUCUCUUUCUCUACACCCCUCCCCCCCCCUAGUUUUCUCCCCUACAUUCGGUCCCAACUUCACCCGAUACCGCCCCCAUGCGUAGCGGAUCGUAAAAACAAAGGAAGAUUUCAUAACACUUAAAUUAAGCAACAGCAGCCGUGUACGAUGCAAUCGAGAACGCUAGCAAGCAGGCAAGCAAAGACGGACAAGGAUCGAAACCCGCAGGCAGCCGCACCCCAAUACAGGUUGAUUUUUCGAUGGACUGGGCUGGGAGCUAGGUUUUUCAUAGCCACUGCAAUACUAGGACGAAGGCACACAGACGAUGUGACACAGAGAGAGAGAGAGAGGGAGACGGAGAACGAGUAUAUAAUGUAAUAAAAUUGAAGAAAAAGGAAACUAGACGCAAUACACUAGCCAGCACCUAGGACAGACCCGGCUGGACGGACAGACGUGUAAGGUGUGCCGGUAUUGUGGCCUCAAACGUUGUGGGUCCCUCACUCCCCUCACACACACACCCCCUCACCACAGGAGCCACACGCGCACACGCGGGUUUUGCAGUGAAAGGUGCAGUGCGCGCACAAGCUGCCAUGGCAAGGGGAGUUUUAUUUGUAGGUUCAUUUUAUACGAAAGCAAAUACCGGUAACUAACGAGACGAGAGGUAAAUAAUAAUCACAGUAAAGCAAACAAACAAGAAGAUGAAGAAGAAGAAAACAAACCUUUUUAACAAUAUUUCAAUCUAGCAAAGCCAAACCAAGAGAGACAGACACACACAAAGAAAAGUAAAAAAAAAACAGCUAACGAAAUGGAGGCGAAGCUAGGCUCCCAAACCAGAGGGGAGGGCCGAGUCAAGACAUAAGCAACAGUAUAACAGUAUGUGUAUGUGAAGAUAAACUAAUAAACGUACUAAUAAACUGCACCUCGGGUAAUGAAACGAGGAGAAUAAAGAGUAAAAGACAAACAAAUAGGAAAUAUCUAAUACAAUUUACCGAGGAAAGCCGGGGCGCCGGGCUCCGUGAUGGACGGGGGAGGAAAGUGCAGGUCAUAGUAGAACAAACCCACACAUGCAUGUAGAAACAAGAUACACACACACAAACAGACACACACACACAUAAACACAUACAUGCAAUAUAAGCUAACUAAAUGCAAAGUAAAUCAAUCAUCUAUUCAUGGCAAUUCAUACCUUAAAAUACGAUCCAAACUCAUACCGGUACCCCGCGGGCGCUCACCACUAUGUAUCCACUACUAUUUCGUACUCGAACCUUCGAAAUGACGCUCAGAACGCUUCAGCCACACGUUACACAGACACCGCACAACAACACACCUUCCCAACCACACAAGCUAACGCUCUCAACAACUGCAACAUGAACAUGAAGCGUAUAAAGAAAGGCAUACCAUUAUUAACAAAGUACAUACUGAAAACAUGCUAGACAAGAAUAAAUUAACGCCCCAAAAAACACACACACACAAGCACACACGAUAUCCCAGCAUAGUAGGAAAACCGGGGGGGAGUGCGAGCAAAGCGAAAAAGAACAAAAAAAAAAUACAAUGGAACGUAACAAGUAAACAAUUUGUAACAUAAAAUAAUGACUAAAAUCCAAAAAAAUGAGGAAAAUGUUGUUUUUAUAUAUUUGUACGAAAUAGUUAUUAGCAAUUAAAGGAAAUAAAAAAAAAAUUAAUAUGGAAAAGGUACGAAAAUUUAACAAAAAACAUGACACAUGAAACAAACCCGAACAGGCAGGCGAAUAUGGUGAAAAAAGAAAAUAGGAAAAUAGGAGAUAGCGAAGGAGAGCAAACUAUCGAGUUAAAACGAUGCUCGUUUUUGCAGCCGCGUGACAGCCGUGCGCGAGAAUGAUAGAGCGAUAAGCGAGUAAGCGGGCAGGGGCAGGGAAAUUAGGAAGGGUGCAAAACAGGCUCCGAACAGGCGAACAGGGCCAGUCAAAACGAGAGGCAACACGUAAAAUAACUAACUAACAAUGAACAGAUUUUACUCCGUACAACUAUCGAACAGGCAAAUAAUAUUAGCAAAAACUUAACAACCAACAAUAACCCCAAUGCUGUCGCCGCUCGGUUCCCCACCCCACCCGGGAACUGGGGCUCGGGUGUGGGCGAACAAACAAAACCAAAAAAAGAAAAGAAAAUGGCGGAAAGUAUGCACACCUAAUGGAGUGGCGCGUGUGCGAGUGUGUCUUAUGUGUUUCUGAAGUAACUCCGAACCGAACGUCAACCACUGGCUGCGAUCGAGCUCGAGCUGGGAAAGGGUGGAAAGGUUUGGAGCGGAUCAUUGCGCUAGAUCAGAGGUUUGCACCAUGUGUUAGGAAUCGUUCAUUGUUGCCUAUUUGUAUAAGUUUGUUUGCUAGAAGUCCUCUUCGAAAUCGUCCCCGACUUGCCCCAGGGGCUCACCAGUAGCCAAAUUUUCGUGCAAUCGAACUGGUGAGCUCUGAGUGGUGAGUGUUCUUUGGAAAGUGUGUAUAGUUUCAGCAUGCAGUUUCGUGACACCUCUUACCGUAACGGUGGCUAUGUGUUUAUUAUCGUGGUUUGGCCAGCCAUCGCUGCACUGUGUCACUGUGGCUGGUAAUAAAAUCGUCUACAAAACAAAGCAAUCGUACCCGUUGGAGAACUGCCGCGGGUAGUAAGAACUUUACUCUGAUUUUACGCUUUCCUAUGGUAUGGUCACAGACACACAUACAUCUACCAUCUCGAUAGAGCCGUUGGCAAAAUUAAACGAAUUAAGCGCACGCGUAACGAUGUGAAGGUGGUAAUAAACUUUAACAUUAAUCUAAAUUAAAGUAACAGUACACACGAAAUACCAAAAUGCAAAGAAACUUUAUUAAACAAAACAAAAAAGAGAA